AUGGGGAAGAAGCAACAUCAAAAGGACAAGUUGUACGUGACUUGUACCGAGUGGAGUACACUGUACGGAGGAAAGCGUGCGGCCGAAGACAAACGACGUUUUAGACGCUUGCCGUUUCACUGUUGCAGCAUCACUUUUCAACCCUUCAAAAACCCUUAUUGUACUAAAGAGGGUAUCAUAUUCGAUCUUGACAUGGAAUCAAUCCAGUCACUGGAAAGGAACUCUGACGGAAAGUUUCAUUGCCCAGUCACUUUCAAAGUUUUCAAUGAGAACACCCAUAUCGUUGCAAUUAGGUCCACUGGAAAUGUCUACUCAUAUGAGGUGGUAGCCGUUCAUCGUCUCAAUGUGAAAAGUAACAACUAUUACGACUUGUUGAGCUCCGAACCGUUUGCGAAGGAUGACAUUAUCACGAUUCAGGACCCUACUAAUCUGGAUAAGUUCAAUAUUUCUGCUUUUUAUCAUGUGCAACAUGCGGAGGAAGCUAAAGAUGAAUGUAAUACAACGGUUAUCCGGCAACUUAAUCAAGAAACCAAGGAAACGUUGGCCGAACUGCCCAAAGACCUUCAUAUUCCCGAUUACAUGUUGUCUAACAAGCCUGCUGCUCCUGCUUCGCAGAAAAGGGAUUCUUUCAACACGGCUUCCUAUUCCACAGGGAAAGCAGCGGCCUCCCUCACCUCUACCGUAAUGGAGCCGGUGACCAAAGUUGAGCCUGCCAUUUUGGAAGAUGAUGUUGUUCGGUACAAGUACGUAAAGAAGAAGGGCUAUGUUAGUUUGAUAACAUCACACGGAAAGCUCAAUUUGGAACUGCAUUGUGAUUUAGUCCCCAAAACUUGUGAAAACUUUAUUAGACUUUGCGAAUCCGGGUAUUACAACGACACUACAUUCCACAGAAUUAUACGCUACUUUAUUAUUCAGGGUGGGGAUCCGAGUGGUUCCGGCUUCGGCGGGGAAUCUAUCUGGGGAAAGCCUUUCGCUGACGAGUUUGUUCCUAACCUGACUCAUGAUUCCCGGGGAGUUCUAUCAAUGGCGAACUCUGGACCGAACACGAAUCAAUCACAGUUUUUCAUUACCUUCAGAAAGUGCAACCAAUUAGAUAGGAAACACACUGUUUUUGGAAAAGUCGUCGGUGGUGCUGACACACUAAAUAAGGUAGAAAUGCUAGAAACGGAUAAAGAUGAUCGCCCACUGGUGAGUUAGCCUGGUUUAAAUAGUCUCCACUUCUGAAUGACUGUUUAGCCUACAAUCCGUUGAAAUGUCUUCGCAGUGUUUUCAAGUAUACAGCUCAAUUAUUUGUUUACAUAUGUUAGUUGCAGAAAUUCAACUCUCUUACACCUGCCGCUUUUUAAGCGAUUCUGGUUAAGGCGAUGUCGUUCCCCACAAGCUCCAUUCCUCAGCUAAUAUCAGAAAGCAACGGCCUCAACGCAAAUGCCUGUUGAAGAACCAGCUACCGAGACGAUACAAUUAGCGUAAAGAUCAGUACAUAUCUAUUGGUUAACUCAGGAUUGUUCGACUUUUAAAACGGAUAGUUCAGCUGCAAAAAUUGGCAGUUUAAUACCGCACCGCCCGGUAAAAUAAUAGGUACGUGGUGCCUCACGUGACAAAUUUGAUAUUUUUUGAAAUAUCUUGGUGCUUCUGCUGAACAUUGUUUGCUUAAAUCGUCCGCUCAUUGGAAAAAUGGGAUUUUAUGGAAUAAUUGACAUCUCCCCGAACACCUCUUUUGAGAUCGUGGUAGCGGCAUGAGCUUGUAGCCUUGGAUUUAUUUAUAGAUUCGAAGACAAUGUCCUUCGUUCUUCGGCCCACUAAAUGUGAUGUAAUGCCUGGGGAGGUAACUCUGAAUUGGCGAUUGUUUCGUUCGGCUGACUGCGUCCUCCGUAUCACUUUUCGGAAGAAGUUCAACUUUUGCGUUG